AAAAGGUAUGUUGGUCUUCUCACUGCAUAGCGAAGCAGGUAGUCGGCAGUGGGUGUAACCAUCUACUCUUAUUUUGGAGCAACAGAACUCAUAAUUGGAGAACCGUUACACGGCGACGGAUUGCCGCCGAUGCCUGCGUGGACUUUUGGUCAGUUUUAGAUUUGGAUCUUCAUCAUCCACGGCUUGACGCUUAUAGCUGACGGCAUUUCCAAACGAUAUAUCAAAGGGCAUGGCUCAUAGCCACGUAUAGAUAGGACAGGUCAACGUGAGAAAAAGUGAUAUCUCAGCCUUCACCGCCGACAAGCCCUCUCCGACGCCUCUCCAAAAUCACAAGCCUCGCCAGCCUCCCCGACCUGCUAUUCAAGGUAACGAUCUACAACAUACUAACUUGCAACCUCACAAACUCCUCCAGGGAGGAUGACGAGCCACGGGGUCCCAUAUCUUUCAGUCCGAGCAUGCCAAGUGGUAAAGACGGAUGGCCGCAGGUUUUGAAUCAACUUUGUCGCCAGUCUGUUUCUGCAAACUGAAACACCAGGCUACGAUAACGGCCACUUGGUACGGCCAAGGCUUUCCAAGCCUUGGCCGUCUAGUAGGGCAGCAUAUUGGAUGGGAACUGAGAUACGGCCACGACGACUGCUCCUACAACAUCAACGAUAUUCGAAGACCCCCAUUGCUGAGUGUGCAGCAUUUUGCCGAGGACAGGGAGAACCGAUCGGUGAUCGGAUUUGCAAGUCCUGCUGACUCUCACCGAAGUAUGCAACAGCAUGUCGGUAUAGAGGACAGACAGACAUUUGUCUUCAUCCCGAUGGAAACAACCCUUCACCUCACCGACACUGCAUUCAUCUCAAUUUCUUUCCUCGGCGGUUUUGCCAUCUCGCAUUUCCUUCGGUCCCGGACUUUGUCGGUCUCCUAUUGUCAGUCGAGUUUGAUAUUGUCCCGGAAGUCGGCACGGUGAUCAACGAUAGAGUGAUCUGCCUAUGAUACACCAAGCGGUGUACAUGGACGUUGUUUGGGAAGAACACAGAUUUGGCAAAGGGAAGAAGGAAACCGACCGCGAGGACUACAGACCGCCCAUCUAUGUCAGUUAGUAUACAUCACCUUCCCAGCAGGUUUGUUGAUGACUUUGCCAUUCGGCCAGUGACUUACACACGGUCAGGUUUCUAGAUACUAAUUGACCUCAGCAUGACGAAUCGAUUCGUAAGUUGCAUCACGACAUGUCCUACCCGUAGGACUUCUCCCCAAACCACCAAACUAGCUGCCGACACAACGUCAGUGUCAAUGUCAAUCCUUACCUUCCCGGGUCCCUAACAGGUCCAAAUACGCUCCCGAAGCAACGUUCCUGACACAUGCAGGUCGUGGGCGUAGAAUUCGCCCAGCAGGGCUGAGAGGGCAAUCAUCGAUCCGAAAACCGUGGAAAUAUUGGCAAACCACUCCGUCGGUGUCGUCGCUGCCUGCAUCUCGCGAAGGCAAAAGGGCCGACAUCGACUCGUCGGAGGGACAUAUGACCCGAUCGACCUCGACCCCGCGCGGGCCGGCCGGCCAGGGUUGCAGCUUUGGGGGGGAUCUAACUGGCUGGGAGUUUUCUCCGAUUGCCAUUUUGAGAUUUUUUUUUUUUGGUUUUUUUUUUUUUUGGGUUGUAGAGCCUCAACUUCUAACCCUGUCCACGCUGUCGCGCCCUUUGGAUUGUAUAAUUGUGGCGUUGCUUCUACCGAUUGCCGUUACGGAGACUAGGGAACGCGGGAGGAAGCGGUGACGGAUCUUGAACUGACGGUGCAACCGUCUCUUACCAACAUCAAUCACCAAAGAGGACUAGCGUUGGGAAAUAGAGGAGCCAAAUUACAAAAUCAUAUUCGUAGUUGACACUGACGCGUUUUCAUUCCCUGAUUCUAGAUACUCAGACUCGACUACAUUCUGAAUGACUCUCUCGGUGAGUGCUGGCAACUAAACUCUGCAGCAGAACAACAGUCCUAACCUCCUUCCCGUUUGAGAAUUAGUGACCUACUUUCGGGGAUCGACAAGCGACAUCACACCCACAGCCUCGUGCACUUCUCUUAUCCUACCAUCGUUAACUGAGUUAAAAGACCUCGCAAGGUAUCCAAUAGGGCGGCUUCUAACGCAAGGGGGAAGACUAUGAUCACACUGCCACUCUUGGCGGGUUAUAUAGCUAGCUGGCAGAUUUUAUCUUGCGUCGGACUUUUUGAUUUGAUGGAAGUAGUAUGCCUAAGGCAUAAUCCAACCCUUUUACGACACACGUGAUACCCCUUGAUUCCAUUUCGGGAGGUGAGGGUCCUUUACAAGGAAUCAACUUUUUUGUAGGUCAGGUUAAGUACACCUCUACUAUCUCCACUUGGAUGCCUCUCCCGGAGUUAUUUCUGACAAUUCUGGUCUAGCGAUUACUAUCGAUUAGUACACAAAGCAGACGAUGAACUACGGCAAUAACAACAACAACAACAACAACAACAACAACGACAAAAACGAAAUGGACCCCAACCUCCAUGCUACCUACCCCCUCUUGGCUCUAAACACCACAGCCGAGACCCCCGAGUUUGACUAUUCGGCCUUUUACACCCAACAGCCCCAUCAUUCUCACGAGGAUAUCGACUACCUUGCUGAGGAGAGCUCAGCAUCUGCAUCCACCUCUGGCAAUUUUGUUUCCUCAGUAUCAGAUGCCACCCUCCAGAACCUCAACCCCGUCCCUCCCCCGUCCCUGUUGACGGUCCCAGCCCUGACAAGCACCAACACCGCUCUCGCUCUUCACAACGCCCACAGUCCAGGGAGCUAUGGACAACCCUACCCCCAAAACCAACUCCAACUCCCCAGCUUUGACCCCUCUGCCGUGUCAGGAACAGGUUAUAACGACGGUAGCAGCGGCGGUGGCAGCCCCGCCCCUUCUCCCGGCCACGGCGGCGGCGGUAGCGGAGGGGGAGGAAGCGGGAGCAACAGCGGCAGCCUAACCGCGGCGGGAAAACAGCGGUUAGAAAGAAGGGGCCACACAAAAAGCCGAAGGGGUUGUUUCAACUGCAAACGUCGACGCAUAAAGUGUCAAGAAACCCGCCCCUCCUGCGGCCACUGCCUCAAAACCGGCCUCACCUGCGAGUACCCCUCCCUGCCAACCAUUACCCACCAGCCAACCAACACCCUCCCUCUAUUCUCCCUCCUCGACCUCCGCCUCUACCACCACUUCCUCUCCACCUGCUACCCCCACCACCCCAUCGGUUCAGAGCCUUUGUGGCUGCACACAGUCCCUCACCUAUCCCAAUCCCACCCCUACCUCAUGCACGCCAUACUGGGGUAUUCGGCCUCCCACCUCCUCCAGUCCGACCCCUCCCUCACCCUGACGCCGGCGAUGACCCACCGUCUCAAAGCCAUCAAAUCCAUCAAGAAGGCUCUCUCCUCCCUACCGUCUUCCUCCUCCUCCCCGGAUUUGGCAUCCGAAGGCAACGCCCUCAUGGCCACCUGCUUCACGCUAACCUACCAGUCCACCCUUUUGGACGACGGAAUGCCAGAGUACAUGACCUUCAUCCGGGGCAUCGUCAUCAUCUCCAUCUCCAUGCUCGCGCGGCAGACAAGACUGAUGUUUGACAACCUCAUCCGGCCGGAGCAUAACAAGUCGGUCUUGGAAGCGCACAUGAGGAGCCUGCCGCUGGUGAGAAGGGAGUGGGUUGAUGCUGCGGGGGGGAGUCUCCGGAAACUGGAAGAGGUCGUGCCGAGGCAGGGGGUUCGGAGGAGGUACUGGGAGCUGCUCGUUGAGAUGGUGGAAGGACUGAAAAAGGGCGGGUGGGAGGGGUACGAGGCUAUGACAAGGCAUUACACCUGGUGGAUGAUGCUUCCGCAGGAAGAGUUCAGGGUGCUGGUGGAUGUGCCCGGGGACCAGGUUAGUGUUCUGCUUGGGGCGCAUUGGGUGGGAAUAAAAAUGAUUAUGGCGACGGUGACGGAGGGGGAGAUGAUGGGGAGUGCCGAGAGAGAAAAGAGGGUUGUGGUUACCGAGGGGGGGGAGGUGAAGGAGGAGGAGGGGUGGAAGGAGGGGAAAGAUCCGAGGGAGAAGGUGGAGAUGGAGGGGGGAAAGAAGGAGGGGAUCGGGAGGUGGUUGAGGUGGUUGAAUAGGGAGACGAAAGGGGGGUGGAGGGGGUACGGGGGGUGGUGUAGGUGGGUGGAGGAGAGGUUGAGGGAGGACUUGGGGUAUUUUGGGAAGUCGGUUUGA